AUGUCUCAUACCUGCCCUGCAACCAUCGAAGCUGGGGAACACCGCAUCUACAGCAAGUUCACCAUAAAGGGAGCGAUGUGGAACAACCCCGAGGACCACGACGAGGGCACCGUCCCGAUCUUCUUCACCGUAGACUCCGAUGUCUCCCUCCCCAGGUUCUCGUCUGUGGGCAGAGGACUCACUGUCCACUACAACACAUUCGAAGGCGGCUUUGACACGUUCCGCGGCAACAUCGGCGAUGGGAGGAUCUUCAUCAGGACCGGGAAAGGGAUCGUCAUCAAGGGCAAAAUCGACGGUGGACCGGAUGAGGGACAGAACUUUGUCGGCUCCGGCACUUGGACGCAGGCAUGA